GGGCUACAAAUCAUGUCCCAGAGAUGGUCCGCCCAGCCCUGGAGAGGACACUCAAGUCCCUGAAACUGGAUUAUGUGGAUCUUUACAUCAUUGAAGUACCCAUGGCCUUUAAGCCUGGAAAUGAAGUGUAUCCUAAAGAUGAGAAUGGCAAGUGGUUGUAUCAUAAAUCAGAUCUGUGUGCCACUUGGGAGGCCUUAGAAGCUUGCAAAGAUGCAGGCUUGGUGAAGUCCCUUGGCGUCUCCAAUUUUAACCGCAGGCAGCUGGAACUCAUCCUGAACAAACCAGGACUCAAAUACAAGCCAGUCAGCAACCAGGUCGAGUGCCACCCCUACUUCACUCAGCCAAAACUCCUGAAAUUCUGUCGACAACAUGACAUUGUUGUUGUUGCCUACAGCCCUUUGGGGACCUCUAGGAAUCCACUCUGGGUGAAUGUAUCUUCUCCACCUUUGUUAAAUGAUGCACUUCUAAACUCACUGGGGAAAAAGUAUCGCAAGACAGCAGCUCAAGUUGCUUUGCGUUUCAACAUCCAACGAGGGGUGGUGGUCAUUCCUAAAAGUUUUAAGCCUGAAAGGAUCAAAGAAAACUUUCAGCUCUUUGACUUUUCUCUCACUGAAGAAGAAAUGAAGAGCGUUGAAGCCUUGAAUACAAAUAUCCGCUUCGUGGAAUUGCUCAUGUGGUGUGAUCACCCUGAGUACCCCUUUCAUGACGAAUACUGACUUCAGAGAGGACUCCCCGGAUUCCCCUCUCUCUUGGGUGUCGGCGCCUUGGCUGGUGUUUCCUGGAUAUGGAAAUAAAAGGGGUUUCACUGUCCUCCGAUGACAUAAUGAUGGAAACGUUCCACAAUUAUCUUUUGUGACCUUUACUUAGCUAUGAAGAAAAAAAUGUUUAAAUCUGAAAUAACUCAGUAAUUAUCUAGUUUCAGGGGGGUUUUAGAGAGCUUUUCAAAACUUGUUGUUCCAAGAUCAGUUUAUUAUAAAUAAAGUUCAAUGAUCUGAAGAGACAUGUUUCUGAGAAAUCAUCCCUUAAAAAAAUUGAUCUAUUCACAUUGUUUCCAAUGAUUCCAAUGUUAACAUUUAUCGUGCUUUCUCUAGAAAAUGUUUCGUUCACAAGAAAUAAAGUGUGAUGGUUUGUUCCACCAAAUGAA